AUGCGAUGUUCCCUUAUCAAAGAAAAGGCCUUGAUCCUGUACGAGAAGCUACUGCGCAUUCCCAUGGACAAGUUCUUCAGCACCUAUGAGAAUAGACCAAGACGCCUGAAAGCUCAAUCUGGUCUAAUACAGAAAGCCAUAGAACUGAAGAAAGCAUUACAAAUCGAUGACAAAUCAAAAAGCCUCUCUCCCCCCAUGAACCCAUUAGCAGACAUUGAUAUAGUUGCCACACUUGCUAAGAAGGGGACAACGAUUUUGCAAUCCAUGGACUGGUCGAUGUCUUUCCACACAAUGAUGGCCUUAAUCAGGAGAGAAUUCCAGAUCUCAAGGUUCAACGAACUCAAAGCUCGAACAAAGGAGAAACAGUGGACAGUGGCACUCUCCGACAUACCCGACUGGCCAAGAAUCGAAGCCGUUGCUGAGAUCAGACUACGUACCGGUCACGAUUGCUUGGCAAAACACCUUCACAGAUUGGGAUUAUACACUCAACCCACAUGCCCUCUAUGUGACCUACAGGAGGAAAUGGAGAAGACCCACCUGAUUCGGUGUCCAGCUCUAAAGACAAGUACGGAAAGCCAAAGAUACUGGGAAGCAAGAAGACUGCUAAUGAACUGCUAUUAA